AUGCGCGUGCAGUGCGACGUCUGCGGCCUCGAGCCGGCCGCCGUGCUCUGCUGCGCCGACGAGGCCGCGCUCUGCUCCCCCUGCAACCGCCGCGUCCACCGCGCCAACAAGCUCGCCGGCAAGCACCGCCGCCUCACCCUCCUCCAGCCCUCCCCGGCCGCCAACGACGCCGCCGCGCCGCUCUGCGACGUCUGCAAGGAGCGGAGGGGGCUCGUGUUCUGCGUGGAGGACCGGGCGAUCCUGUGCGCCGACUGCGACGAGCCCAUUCACAGCGCCAACGAGCUCACGGCCAAGCACAGCCGCUUCCUCCUCGUCGGUGCCAAGCUCUCCGCCGACCCCGUGGACCAGGAGAUCCCCUCCCCGGACGGGAGCUCCGUCGAGCAGGACGACUGCUCGGCCUCGGCCGCCGAGGAAGCCCCUGCAGUUCAUGACGCCAGCCACGCCGGAGGAGGAGGAGGAGGAAGCAGCAUCUCAGACUACCUCACCAACAUCUGCCCCGGCUGGCAAGUCGACGAACUCCUCUUCGACGACGCCGCCUUCGUCGCCAAGCAGAAGGGGCGCGACGAGCAGGUGCCGUUCCUGGACGCCGACCUGUUCGACGUGGUCGCCGCCGAGCGUCCGGGGAAGCGCGGCGCGUGGGCGCCCCACGUGCCGCAUACGCCGGUUCCGGCCUGGGGCCUGCAGGAGUUUCCGGCCGCUUUGGUGGCCCCGGCGGCGGCGGCGAAGGCCAAGCAGGGGCACGUGCGGGAGUGGUACCACAGCGACAGCGACAGCGACGUGUUCGCCGUGCCGGAGAUCACGUCGCCGCCGGCCAAGCGGGCGCGGCCGUCGUCGUUCUGGUGCCUGUGA